GAAAACAAAGAGCAUAACAAUAAUGAAAAAGAAAGAAAAGCAAAGGGGUCCCACUUACACUCACACUCCUCCUCCUACCAUUCCAUUUCACUAACGUAACUCUCAGUCACACACAAAACCUCUAUUCUCUGCUACCUCAAAUCAAAAACCCUAGGUAUUGUUUGCUGAGAAAAAAUCAAGUGAAUAUGGCUACCAAUAGCAAUAACAAUAGCAAUGAAGAAUCCAAAUUAACGAAUCCUGAGUUGCCUCGUGUUGUUACUCUGAAUGAAAGAAUACUUUCUUCUAUGGCUCAUAAGAAUGAUGCUGCUCAUCCCUGGCACGACUUAGAAAUCGGGCCCGGAGCUCCAUCGGUUUUCAAUUGUGUGGUUGAAAUUGGCAAAGGCAGUAAGGUUAAGUAUGAAUUGGACAAGAAAAGUGGACUUAUAAAGGUUGAUCGCAUUCUUUACUCAUCAGUUGUCUACCCGCAUAACUAUGGUUUUAUCCCAAGAACCAUUUGUGAAGAUGAAGAUCCCUUGGAUGUCCUAGUUCUGAUGCAGGAGCCUGUGAUACCUGGUUGUUUCCUUCGUGCCCGUGCUAUUGGAUUGAUGCCCAUGAUUGACCAGGGAGAAAAGGAUGACAAGAUCAUAGCAGUUUGUGCUGAUGACCCCGAGUUCCGCCAUUACAAGGACAUCAAGGAGCUUCCUCCACAUAGGCUUGCUGAAAUUAGAAGAUUCUUUGAGGACUACAAGAAGAAUGAGAACAAAAUAGUGAAUGUUGAAGACUUUCUACCAGCUGAAGCUGCUGUUAUGGCUAUCCAACACUCCAUGGACCUAUAUGCUGCUUAUGUAAUCGGAACCUUAAGGAAGUGACUUGACUUCUUUGGAAACUGAUUAGCAAAUUGGAAUAACAUCAAGUAUAUUUGUAAAUGUCCAUGAAAAUCAUCACUUGGAUUUUGUUAUGUCAUGCUACUGCGCCAUAAUGAUUCGCGUCAACUGAUUGAUGCCUAAAUCUUUUCAUUUGUGUUUCUUCUAUUAACAGUCCUUGUGCUGCACCUCCAAGUUACUUUAGAUAUAUGGUAGUGUAUGGUACAUUCAAAUAGUAAGCACUUUCUUUCUUUCUUUUGCUCUAA